UCAUGUGUUCAACGGGUUAGAACGAUUGACAAAUUGAUCUUUGAUAAAGUCAAUUCCGCGGUUCCCUUUCCUCUUCUCAAAUAAACUGAGAAAAAUACAGCAGUUCGUGUCUGUCGCCUACGCACGCAAUCGGAGUGAGAGGAUCCUGUUUUUAAUUUACUCAAGUAAAUACAGCCACGACGAAGUGGCUCGGGUGUUCGGCGGGAGACGCCGAAGUGGCUCGCAAAACGUGCCCCGUCCGUUAGUUCGUUCUCCUUCUUCGAGUAGAGAAGGCUUUUGUCGACAGACAAUUUUGUAUUUGCUCUGCUUUGUCACAGUUCCGCAAUUAAAUCACUGAAUAAAUGCCCAAAAAAAUCGAAAUAAGUUUUGGCUGUUUUUCGUUUGAUUAAUCGAAUUGGCGAAAAUUCUCAGUGCUCUAAGAUUGUUGGCCUUUGGAGAAGAUUUAUCAGACGUAUUGGCCCUAUUGGUGAGUGUCCUGACAGUAAAUUCGCCGAUUUAUUACGUUUGCGGGAUUAAAUCACCACAUAAAUUUUCAAAAACUGAAAUAACUGCGUUUACUGUUUUUCUGAGUAAUCCAUUUCACGAAAAUUCUAAGUGUUCUGGAAUUUUUCAACUUCACAGAAGAUUUUUCAGGUGUAUUGACUCCUGUUGAGUAAUUAGACAGCAGGCAUGGCGGAGGCACACUCAGCCGUUGCUUUCAGCUUCUCCAUAACUCAUGAGGGCUGGGAUGUGAAUUUUGACCGUGAGGUUCUUCACCUCGUUUGGCAGUCCGGCUUGAGAUCGUGGAAAAAGCGAUUCUUUCGAUUUCACAAUAAUUUGCGGACUGGUGUGUACCCAGCGUCCUUGGGCAGCCUGUGGUUGACAAUAGCAGUGGUAACUGCUAUCCAUUUCGCGGGUUUUAAAGUGCCGUUCGACCUUGUGGGAAAGGUCGCACCUUAUCUCGAAGGAUCAUCAAUACCAGUUCAUCUGGGAGGAUCGAUAGUCGCUGGGUUUCUACUAUGGAUCACCGUAAUCUAUACCCUGCGUUACACCCUGAAACUCCUGCUCAUGUACCAUGGCUGGAUGUACGAGUCGAGAGGGCCUGGACAGAAGAUCAGUCUCGCUACUCGUGCUUGGGUGAUUGCUGUUAAGCUUCUGUCAGGAUGGCAGAAGCCAAUGCUGUACAGUUUCCAAGGUUCACUGCCAAGAUUGCCAUUGCCAUCGGUCAAGGAUACGAUGCAAAGAUAUUUGAGAAGCGCUAGACCACUUCUUGACGACGAGAACUACGAACGAAUGGAGAAACUCGCCAAAGAGUUCGAAGAGGGAAUAGCUGUUAAACUCCAGCGGUAUCUCAUUCUAAAAUCUUGGUGGUCAACGAAUUACGUUUCUGAUUGGUGGGAGGAGUACGUUUAUCUCCGUGGAAGAUCACCAAUAAUGGUCAACUCAAAUUUUUUCGGUAUUGAUACUGUUAUGAUGGAACCAUCCGGAACUCAAGCAUCAAGAGCUGCCAAUGUUAUCUAUGGUUGUCUCCAGUAUCGCAGAUCCAUCGAGAGACAGGAGUUGGAGCCCAUCAUGCUCCAGGGAGUGGUCCCCCUCUGUUCCUGGCAGUACGAGAGACUGUUCAAUACAACCAGAGUGCCUGGAAUCGAAACAGACAGAAUUGUUCAUUACAAUGAUUCAAAGCACAUUGUUGUUUAUCACAAGGGAUGUUACUACAAGGUUCUCAUUUACUAUAAGAACAGGAUUUUGAAUCCCAGCGAGAUUGAGCACCAGAUACAGUACAUUCUUAAUCACAAUGCGGUACCGCAGAAGGGAGAGGAGAAACUUGCGGCUCUCACUGCUAUCAACAGAACGUCGUGGGCACAAGCAAGGCAGACGCACUUUGUCAAGGGACUUAAUAAAGUUUCCCUGGAGCUCAUCGAAAAAUCCGCCUUCGUCGUCACGCUCGAUGAUUAUCCUUAUGAAUACGAUCCGGUACAUCCAGAGAAAUUGAGCAAAUACGGUCGAGACCUGCUCCACGGGAAAGGCUACGACAGAUGGUUCGACAAAUCCUUUACCCUCUGCGUCGGCAGCAAUGGCAGAAUCGGAUUCAAUGCCGAACACUCCUGGGCAGAUGCAGCCGUGAUGUCACACUUUUGGGAAUUCAUCCAGUAUUGGGAUGUUACGCUGAACAAUGUGGCGGACGCACCAGUGAUGGGCGCAAUGUGGGAAAACGCUAUUGGGUCUGCUAUAACGGAUACCGGAUAUACUGAGGACGGUCAUACCAUUGGAACUCCGGAGUUCAAACUGGUGCCGUCUCGUCUCCAGUGGGAGAUCAGCAGCGAAUGCAACGAAGUGAUUGAAGACGCUGUGCAAGGGGCUAACGAUUUGUUGAACGAUGUAGAUCUGUGCAUUUAUCAGCACGAUCACUAUGGAAAGGGUUUCAUGAAGAAGUGCUCAAUGUCACCGGAUGCAUACAUUCAAAUGGCGCUGCAGCUUGCUUAUUACCGAGACGCAGGCAGGUUUUCACUUACUUAUGAGGCAUCGAUGACGAGAUUGUACAGGGAGGGAAGGACCGAGACGGUUCGUCCCUGUACCAUUGAGUCUGCCAAUUGGGUCAAGGCCAUGGAGAAUAAAUCGGCCAGUGUGGAGGAGAGACAUAAGCUCCUCAGACAUGCAGUUAAUCAGCAUCAACGUGGAUACCAGGAUGCCAUGAUUGGGAAAGGAAUCGAUAGACAUUUGUUCUGCCUUUAUGUGGUGUCCAAAUACCUGGAGGUCGACUCUCCAUUCCUCAAGGAAGUCCUUAGUGAACCCUGGAAGCUGUCCACGUCGCAGACACCUCACGGACAGACCACCAAGAUAGACUUGAAGAAACAUCCUAAUUGCUUGUCCGCUGGGGGAGGUUUUGGCCCAGUUGCUGACGAUGGAUAUGGAGUGUCUUAUAUCAUUGCUGGGGAAGAUCUCGUUUUCUUCCAUAUUUCUAGUAAAACUAGUUCACCUGAAACUGAUUCAGGAAGAUUCGCGAAGGAAAUAGAAAAAGCCCUGGCGGACAUAAAGGGCCUCAUGAUAGCUUACAAAAGUACCCAGCACCAGAAGAAUGGCUCUAAAUGAUUAUGUUGAGUUAAAAUUCGGAUAAAGAAUUUUCUUUUAUUCUCGAGCGUUCAUUGUGCUCUCGGUACAAUGUCAAUGCGUCAUUAGGCAACAAAGAGUUGCAAUAGUCAGUGGACAUGAUAAAUUUUCUUAUCAGCCAGUGGCACCCGGAUAGGUACUGUUGCAGUGACUGUAUUCACACAAAAAGUGGGCUAACGAUGGCAGCUCUUGCCGGACAAUCAAGCCAUUGGUUUCUCCCUUUGUUUUGUUUAGAAAAAAAUUCUAAGAUAUUGAGGAAUUAACUGAACUGUUGUGAGCAACCUAUCAAUGCAAAAUAUUUUAAUUAUUAUAAUUGUAUAUGCGUUUUUUAUAAGUGAAAAGUGGAACAUUUGAUUUUGAGAAUUUUUUAAGAUCCAUUUGAAACCUGGUAAGGCGAUUGCAAUAUAGAAUUUCGUACUUUGAAAUCGUACUUCGGUGCUUGUUAAAUUUUUACGAAUGAGCAGGAAAAAUUGUUCUGAAAUUAUUGAAAAGAGUUGGGUAUGAGUUUGAUGCAAACUUGCCUUUGAUUUUCACUUUUACUUGUUAUGAUUUAUUAAAAAAUUAUUUUAGAAAGAUAAA